AUGUUGAGAGCAAGCAAAUCAAUUCAACAAGCAAGUAAAUUGAGGUCCUGGUCAUCUGAUAUAACAACUAGUGUAUCAGAUAAGCAGUUACCAAACAGAGAUAAUGCAAUGAUUAGUGUUGCAAAUUCUAGUGAUGCUGAAAACUUAAACACCUCAAGUGAAGUUGAAAGUGACCUUGACAAACUUAGAAUAGAAAACCAGAAAUUGAAACUUCAAAACAGUAAGCUUCUCCAGGAUUUGAAAGAUAACAAUAUAGAACUAACUAAUUUGAAAGAAACCUUAAAACUUCAUGUUAAACUCGGACAGGAAAAGGAUAAUAAGAUUUCCAGAUUGAAGGCAGAAAUUACAAUGCAAAAAGAUUGUUUAAACUGGGAAACUUAUCAAAUUAAAAAGUUAAGGGCAGAAGUUACAAAUAUUAGAGGAACCUUUCGUGUUAAAGAUUUACUUAUUCAGCUGUUAACAAACCAAUGGGAAUCCUGCAAAAAGAGUUCUGAGAAGAAACUCGAGGAAUUUGGAAAGAAAGUAAAUACCCAAGAAAAGGUGAUAAAGAAGUUUAAGGAUAAGAUAAAGGAGUUGUAUAAGACUGUUGAUGAACAGGAGGAUAAAAUUGAAGAGCAGGAAGAAACCUUUGGCAGAAUAAUUGAUGAAAUUACACUGGCAAAUCUUACGUGGGCCCUAAUGUGUUAUUCAUUGUUUCAGUUAAACCUCAGCUUCUUUCAAAAUUUCCUUACUUAUGAAUCUAUUCAUGAAUAUAACUCAAUCCUUGAUAAUUUCCAUUUCCCAAGCAAACUCGACCCUGAAGAAAUGGAAUGGAUUAAGAAUUUGUUUCUACGUAAUGAGGAAAUGUUUGAAUCUUUGACUGGGUCUAUUUGGAGAGAUAUACCAAAUAUUUAACUGGAUUGAGAAGAAUAAUGGUUUAACUUGCUCGAAAUCUCAUGACAUUACUACUUAGAUCUAUAAAAUCAUGGUAUGUACAUCAAAUAAUUGAAUAUAUAU